AUGGCACCGAAGCUCUACAGUCCCUACGGCCAGCGACCCAGGCGGUCCAACCAGCUCGUCGUCCUCUGGGUGACCUGCUUCGUCGCCAUCCUGGUCAUGACCUGGUACAUAACCACGCGCCACAAGGAGACGGCCAAGUCCUACACCUCGGAAUUCGUCAUGGGCGGCAGGGUCAAGCAGGAUGCCGGGGGCGACGCGUCGUGA